ACCUAUGUUAUAGAUGUAUGUGAUAUCAUCAAAAGAAAUAAAAAAGCUGGAGUGCUCAGAGCUAAAGCUAUCUCAAGCAGCAUUUUACGAUGGGAUAAUGAGACGGAUGUCUCUCAACUGGAAGGACAUUUUGACAUUGUUAUGUGUGCUGACUGCCUGUUUCUGGACCAGUACAGAGCUAGCCUAGUGGAUGCAAUAAAGAGAUUACUUCAUCACAGUGGGAAAGCUCUGAUAUUUGCUCCACUUAGAGGAAAUACUCUAAACCAGUUCUGCAGUCUAGCUGAAAAGGCUGGUUUUUCUAUCCAAAGACAUGAAAAUUAUGAUGAACACAUCUCAAACUUCCACUCCAAGCUGAAAAAAGAAGAAAAAGAUAUUUAUGAUCCAAAUCUCCACUACCCAUUUUUUCUUGUUUUAACCAAAGAAGGAUAGAAUAUGGGAAGACAAUAUUUUUAUUACAAAAUAGAAUGU